AUGGAUGAGGAUCAUUACCUGUACUCACCGCUAGGUAUUAUGUUCGUGACAAUGGGUGAGAAUCAUGAACAAGUCUCGUUCGCUUAUCCAUUUCAGGGUGAUUCCUCGUUUCCAUCCGGAUCACAAUCAUUUUCAUCUUCUGAACCAUGUGGAACAUUAUACGCGCAAUCGUUAAGAAGCGGUGAUGAGCGAAAUAAGUGUGAUGCAGAACAAUAUGGGGUACCAACAAAAAUUCUUGCCCAUUUACUCUCUGCUAGAGGUAUUUGUGAGAAACCAUUUGAAAUUAAAAUUGACAAUAUACGAUUUGCUGGUUUCCCGAAGACCGUUUCACAUCCAACUGGUCGUUCACCACAGACAUUUCAUGUUGUUUUCAUUUUAAUUGCAAAGGCAGCAGCUGAUCUGGUUGCUCGUAAAAUUGCAAUUGCAAUUGAUGAGGAACAAACACGUUGCAAUUAUUUGGCAGAACAAAUGACAACGAUAUUAAAUGAACAUGAAAAAAAUGAAUCUGUUCCAGGAGGCCAAGCAUUUCCAUAUCAUGAAGUGCUGGCACACUGUUCAUUGGCACAGGAUCUUCGCGAUAUAUUCAGUGAUGUCAGCGAAUAUGGCGUAGUUCAUAUUUUCCUAAAUGAUUGCGUUGAAGUAGGCUUUUGUGUUGAACAACGUGCGCUUUUACAUGCAGGACUAACACCUAAAACGAGGAGCGAAAUUGAGGCGACUAUCCUACGCCUAAGGCCAUAUCACGGAAUUUUACUACUGGAAGAUAUUAUACCAGGACAUGACUCUAAUCCAACAUUGCAUUUUUUCCUAAAACAUUGUCAUCCGGAUCAAAGUCUAAUCAGCAUCAGCGAUUCAUCGGGUCUUCCACUGUUUCAAGUUCUUACCGUAGUCAGACAUUUGUUAUUAUGGGCACGCGCAAUUGUUAUAUAUCCAUUAUGCACUAGUAAUAUUUAUACUUCUGCUACUUCACCAAAACCGUUAUCAAGAUUAACUGAACAGUUUGGUGAAAUUUUUGAAAAUGCUCAUUUACCCACGAUAUUGGCGCAAUUUUCUCCACCGUGUACAUUAGCGGAAUUCAUGAAUGCUCCAAUGAACAGUUUCAAUGAACAGCAACUUCGCAUACGAAUGGUCGCACGACUAUUACGAGAUCAGCUAAUUGUGCAACUUCAUACAUUCCUUUAUUUGAUGUCACCAUUUUCACAUGAAACUGUCUACGAGUCUGUUAUGGAUACAGAGCAAGAUGAAAACUUGCACCAGUUAUUAUCAAAUGCGAUGCUGACAACUGAAAUUAAAGCUUCAGUGAUUCAAGUAUAUAAGACGAUGCUCAAGCAACAUUCAAAGCAAUAUGCUGAAGAUUUGCUUGAACUAUUUUUAAGACUGAUACCGUACUUAAGGGGUGAGAAUCAUAUCGAAGAUAUAAUGUAUAGAAUGAAUUUGGAACGAUCAUCCGUAAUGCGUGCUUUGGAUACAUUUGCUUGCGUGAUUGCGCCAUUCAUGAGACCGGAAUAUAUUUAA